UCGCUCGUGACCCAAACAUCACUAAACUAUCACAAACCGUCAAGGUAAGAUCGAUCUGUUGGUCGUUAUCGUAGCGAACUAGACCAGUUUCACAAGGUUUUCGAUUCAUUAAUAGUCUUCUGUGUUCCAAGGUUGCUUCAGCCAAUAAUCUGUCGGGGACAGUUCGACAUAAUAUUGAUAGCCUCUCGAGAGUAGCAUGUGUUCAUGGGAUUGAAUUUCCCAUUGCACCAGUUUUAAGCCAAGGAAUUGACAUUAGUAAUUAUUCAAGGCUGUUCACGGGUUCCACAGCUGAGCUCGUCAGUUGGACGGGGACGUUGCCGGUAGUAGCAGCAAAAAUCCCCGACCUGCAAAUUGGAGAAGUUGGUAUUACACCUCGCUGGAGCGAAAUGGUCUCAGUGUUACCUCGUAUGCCUGUUGAAAGCGGCAUGAAUUCCGUGAACUCUGUUAUUUUGCCGCAGAGGAACAGUUUUCGACCGAAGAAAAAGCUAACCAGGCUCGUAAAUGGACUCAAAGCCCAGGACAUUACAAAUCAAUACUCUUUUCCACCGCAACUGUUCAUAACCUCGAAAACGAACACAAAAAAGACGCGGUUCUCUGUUCCGCAGAUUAUAAUUGACACAGUGGAGGAUGAACGGCCUUGGGAGAACAUGCAAGGGCCAAGGCGAAGACUACAGAGCUACACGAGACCAGGACUAAGCUGCAAUACAAACUUUCUUCACCCUGCCUACACCAUGUGUGCCGCGGUUUCUGCGAAUGACCCCGGCGCUCUCAAAAAUAUAAUUCUCUCGGGGACCGUGAAUAUUGAUCACCUAACGUCGAGCGGCGCUUCUGCACUACACGAGGCUGCUUACGACGGGAAAGUUGCUUGUGUGCAUGCUUUACUUCAAUGCGGAGCUGACGUGAACAUUGUAGACAGUGAGGGCUGGACGCCGCUUCACGCGGCAGUGUGUGGUAGAAACAGACAGUGCGCGGAGCUGCUUAUUCGACGCGGCGCGAACGUCAGAGCGAAAACUGACGAUGGACUUAUGCCGCUGGGAAUUGCGCUGCAGCAGAAAGACAGAGACAUGAUCAAACUAUUAACCUCGCUUUCUAAUCAGACGCAAACGACGAACAGGUCGAAAUCUUGCUCCUACAAACAAGCGAAGGGACUUUUUUCGACCUUCAGUGUGUAAUUAAUGCGUGGGAGCAAGCAACACUUUCGCAAGGACCCAAAUAAACCGCCAAUAACGCAUAUAUUUAAGGCUUCCAGGAGGCAGGCAGGUAUUUAAAGAAGCUGACGAAAAUUCCGUUUGACGUAUGCGUGUUUCCUUCGUUUCACUUUGUCGCUUCCCCUUUCAGUUGUAAAUGGCUAAAACAGUGUUUAAUCUUUAGUAUAAAUAGAAGAGAACGUGUUUCUGUCUGUCACCUUCCAUUGGAGUUUACACCUUUUUUUCAAAAACGUGUUGCGGAGAGUGACUUAAAUCCGGUCGUUAUAUAAUAUGCCAUAGGCGAGAAGCUAAACGAAUAUAUAAUGAAAAUAGCCGGCUGGCCGGUCAUAAAUAUUUUGAUAGCCUUUCAGUUAAGGUAUAGUGCCGUGUGAAAAUUUCAUUGUGUGAAUCGAGAUUAGCGAAUAAAGAAAAUUGAACAACAAAGGUUGGUGUGCGUAGUAGCUUUUGAAAAGACAUCAUACUACGUUUCUCGUUUUGCGUUAUUUUUUUAGGUAGAUGUAGACAAGCGAUUGACGUACAACGGGAAGUAUAUGUUUAGUAUUAUUCUUGCCUACAAAAAUAUACUAUGACCAGUAUCUAUAUAUAAAUAUAUUUUUUGGCAUACUCCA